GUAUAAUGUGUGCGAGCGAUUUUUUUGAAACCCUGAUUUUAAAUGAAUUUGUGCCAUAUUUUAGCCGCUCACUGAUUUAUUUCGUAGUGAGACUUUUGGGUUUGGCCAUUGAUUGUUAGUGUGUAUAAUCAAUGGUUUAUGGUUUGGCUUUGGCAGUACCAUUGUAUAUUUUACACAAUAUGGCAGUACUUUUGGCUUGUAUUCUAGAAAACUUUUGCAAUAGGCGUAGUUCAAACGUAGAAGUAGAGCCAAUCAAUGGUAGUUCAGAGGUUAUGCACCUUUGUAUGCAAUAAACAUAACCUCAAAACCUAAACAUUGAACAUUGUGCAAGAAUGUGUUUAUCAAUUCCAAGUUUAUGCAUAAAAGUUUAUCAGUUUUCCAAACCAAUUUAAACUUGAUUUUUAGAUAUGGAUGUAGUUUUUUUCAGUUCAUAUUUAACCAUAAAUUGGGAGCAUGCAUGGAGUCAAACGCGUUGUGGUCUUCUGCAUAAUGACAACAGUUCUACCUGCAGCACUAAUUAUUACCCCUUUAUAUCUUCGACAUGUUGUAUUUGCUGACGUUCCGUAUGCCCUAACUGAAUCCGACGUGGUCGAGAUAAAAAAUGGAAUAUCAUCCAUCUUUUGUGCAGCACACAGCUUACAAAUGAACGCCACGUUUAACGCUAUACAACUGCAUAAAUCGCCCAUUUUAAGUGAUCAACGUAAGCAUAUACGUCUUCGUAAAGCAAUGUCUCUCCCAGACGACACUUUAGAGUAUUGGGGAUUUUAUUUGUUAAAAGGCGCUACUGUUAACCUGAAAGUGUGCUCACGUUAUGAUGGCGCACGAAUAUUGGUCGUUAGAGGUGAGAAAAAUCUACAAACAUGCGGAUUAAUGGAACGCAAUUUUUCCAAAAUUGGCGCAACAAUGCACCGUGAAUACAAGCAGGUUAAAGUCACCUUUGAGUCUGCCGAAGAUGCAAAAGAUCACAUAUUGACCGAACCCCCAUUAAUGGAUGGAGGAGAAAUUGUGGACGAUUUUCAUCCUCAUUCAGAAGAUCUCUUACUUGAUAAAACAAAACAUCACUCUUCUAAAAUUACGAAGGACGAGUUGCAGCACGAUCUGUUGGUGGAUGAUGACAAAGACAAGGUGAAUCGAGUGAAACGAGACACCGGUCACCUUCUUGAUACAAAAAUUGAGCACGGCGGAAACGCUCUUAAUUUUACUGACAGCAGCUCAGAGGAGACUAGUGCAUCUAGUUUUGAAACUAGCCUAUUAGACUGCUACAAUGGGCAAAUCCUCCUAACCGAAGCUUUCCCCCCGAGCCAUUUGUGUACAGGCACUCAUUAUUUAGAAAAUGGGGAACGAAUGGAAACAAUUCAUAGCAUUGUGUCUGAUGGGUAUUACUAUUACAUUUUUUACUCGGAUAAUGAUAGGGAAGUGAAUGAUAUUUACGGUGUGUUUGAUAUACACAAACCGACACUAUUGGUCCCUACUGGGUCAGAAGCAAAAACGUGCAACAAUAUCACAGAAUGUGUGUUUCCUAUGGAAUUUUGGACAGAUGAGACUGUAAUAGUGGAAGUUCCCACGAAGGAAGGUAUAGUAUACCAGCAAAAUGACACAAUACUAAUUAGCACUUGUCAACCCAGAAUGUCGAUAUACAUUAUUUUUCCUGUUGCCAUAAUGUUUCUUAUUUUAGCAUGUGCCUUUAUAUGAGAAAUGGUGUUUUACAAUGCUCCAUGGUAGGUAGACAAAUUUGUACAACAUUUAUUUAUCUACAGAGUGUUCCAUUUUUUAUACUUUUAUAGGGUAAUUGUUUAUGCUAUCCAAAAAAAGCGUAUAUGCGUCAUGUGCUCUUUCUGGGUCAAACUUAAAAUGGUGAAAUCAAAAUUUGAAAAGAGAUGCAGGAUAAAAUCAAAAAAAUUUCAAUUUCAGAAUGACCUGAUAUUUUGUUAGUUAAAAAAGAGACAGAAAAAUGUUUAUUACAAAAGUCUCUUGAAAAUUAUUGUUGAACAAUUUUCCAUUUUCAAAAUAAAUAUACAGAGUCAGGUAUAAAAUCUAUUGGACCUAACAUCAUUUUUUGUAGUGGAACACUGUAUAUUUUAAUCUAAUAAGAUAGCAUAUUAAAUUCUCACGUCAAAAAUAUAACACACCAGCACAUGACGCCUAUAUUACUUUUUUGAUACCACUAACAACUACAGAGAUACCUUAUAAAAGUGUCGAAAAUUGAACACCCUGUGCUUCCAACAUACACAUAUUCAUUUAAGAGAAUACCUAUUCUUCUAUGAAUCCUUUUAAAUGGACAUCAGAUGAUUAGAGAAUUGAGCAAUUUGCAAUAAUGUAUAUGAUUUGGUAUAGGAUUAAACAAGAACUUAAAUUUCUAAGAGACUGAUUCACGCAUUUAGCACUACUUGAGAAACAAUUUACAUUACAGUGAAGAAUAUAUGCAUCAUUUUUAUGUUUUAUUUAUUAUACCUUUUGCAUGUGUGCACAAUGCACAUCCUUAAUUCAGAGAUUAUCAUAAAAUAAGUACUAAAUGUUUAAAGCUUUAGUCCCAAUGGGACGAUACAUGCUAUUUAAACUCUCGAAAAUCUGACCUAAAUUCAGUAAUGCUUUGAUGUUGUACAUUUAAAAGGAUACAUAAGGACGUUUUUGUGUGUAUUAGACCGAAUCGACCUUAAUCCAGUGUAAUUGCUAAAAGAUUUAUGGUGGGUUUAUAUCGGGCGAUCAAAAAUGAGUGACUGUCGAGUCGCCUUUGGAAGUACAAGUUAAGUACGAUUUCCCUUGUAAACAAAAUUUCCAAAGGUGACUCGACGGUCACUCAUUUUUUAUCGCUUUGUACAAUCAUUAUCAUUAGUCCACCAAGCUCAGGAUGGUUUCGUUGGCUAGCAACGCGCCAAAAACCUUUGUUUCUAUUGGCUAUUUCUUAAUGAUUUCUGAUUGUCAACUAAUAAUAAUGAUUGUAGGUAUAAACCCACCAUUUCUCAUUGUAACAUUAGUAACUAUAUUGUAUGUACUGCAUGAUAAAGAAAGGACUUAACGUUUAUCUCUAAUAACAUCUAUCUGUGAUAACUACUAUUAAGUUUUAGCGUAAGAUUUCUGUGUUUGCCGCUCUCCUAAACAGUCUUUCACUUUAGUUUUAGAAUUAUUUUGGAACUUCCCUUGUAUUACAACGCAACUUUUUAAUAUUUUUUGCCACUAAUAAUAAUUAUGUUUUAUCGUUACUAUUGUUUUAUAAUACAUAUCCCAAAGCAUUUAUUUUAUGCCUUAUGAUAUUUGAUCAGAAUUAGUUUAUAUUUGUGUUAUGUUACUUAUGUUGCCAUUUUGAAUGUAUAGUAUUUCAGUACAAAAUAAAAGACUGCUUUAAUGUGAAAAUUAAACGGAAAGUACAAUGAACUUUAUUUUUUUUCAGUUCGUAUU